CAUGCGUCAGUUAAUCGCUUUACACGUGAGUGUAGUGGCUCCGUCCUGCUUGUCCAUUUUCAUCCACCGAACCUCAGCGAGACCAGAAGUUUCCUUAAAAACUCUUAAGCGCAUCAGAAGAUUUUAUCCUAAAUACGACUCAGACCUCUGAAUCUUCAUGGCUGUGGUUAGGUUCUACAGUAAUGAACCUCUGAACAGUCGAGCGUUGCAGAGGGCCACCAAGCUCUACCCACAUCUGUCCAUCCACACCGAGCUGUGCUACAAUGUGGGACUGACAGGUUCUGAGAGUCUUGAUGCUGAGCAGAAGGAGGUUCUCCUCUGGUUGUUUCGUCAUCCCCUGCAGACAGAGCCGCUGUCUGACAAACCAAACCUGACGGAGGGCAGUGGGGGGAAGCUGGUGGAGAUUGGACCAAGGCUGAACUUUUCUACAGCGUGGUCCACUAACACCGUGUCCAUCUGCCAGAGCGCCGGCCUCACUGACGUCAUCCGAAUCGAGCUCUCUCGCAGGUUUCUUAUCAAGCCCAAGAGUGGACAGAAUGUGAGCGAGCUUAGUGGGGACAUUCAAAGGCUGAUAGAGUGUCUGCAUGACAGCAUGACUGAGUGUGUCUAUCAACAUCCCAUCACCUCCUUCGAUGUGAAAACAAAACCCCAGGUGGUGUUUGAGGUGGACAUCAUGGGGAAGGGUCGCGCUGCCCUGGAGUCUGCAAACAAUGAGCUGGGUUUGGCCUUUGACUCCUGGGAUCUCGACUACUACACAUCCAUGUUCCAGAGGAUUAAAAGGAACCCUACCAGUGUGGAGUGUUUUGACUUGGCCCAGUCCAACAGCGAGCACAGCCGUCACUGGUUCUUCCGCGGAAGAAUGGUGAUUGAUGGGCAGGAGCAGAAGGAAACACUUUUCAGCCUUAUAAUGGGCACCCAGCAGCACAGUAACCAGAACAACGUCAUCAAGUUCUGCGACAACAGCAGUGGUAUCAGAGGCCUGAAACUUGAGUGCAUUUACCCAAAAAACCCAUCCCAAGCAAGCCGAUAUGAGACACGACACUCGCUGCGACACGUCAUCUUCACUGCAGAGACACACAACUUUCCAACCGGUGUUGCCCCCUUCAGUGGUGCCACCACAGGGACCGGAGGACGUAUCAGAGAUGUUCAGAGUGCUGGAAGAGGAGGGCACGUCAUCGCUGGAACUGCAGGAUACUGCUUUGGAAACCUGCACAUACCGGGAUACCGUCUUCCCUGGGAGUCUGAAGGAGAGGGAUGGGAGUAUCCGUCCAGCUUCGCCUCCCCUCUCCAGGUUGCAGUCGAGGCCAGCGACGGAGCAUCGGACUACGGCAACAAAUUUGGUGAACCUGUCCUGGCAGGUUUUGCUCGCUCUUUCGGCAUGCGGCUGGCUAAUGCGGAGCGACGAGAGUGGAUUAAGCCCAUCAUGUUCAGUGGUGGUCUCGGGUCUAUUGAGGACGUGCAUGUGAAGAAGGAAGAGGCCAAACCUGGGAUGGAGGUGGUGAAGAUCGGAGGACCGGUGUAUCGCAUCGGUUUAGGAGGAGGAGCAGCUUCUUCUGUUCAAGUUCAAGGGGACAACUGCAGUGACAGAGAUCUGGGGGCGGUCCAGAGGGGAGACGCUGAGAUGGAGCAGAAGAUGAAUCGGGUUCUCAGGGCGUGUUUGGAAAGAACCAAUGAGAACCCCAUCUGUAGUAUUCAUGAUCAGGGAGCAGGAGGAAAUGGUAACGUGCUGAAGGAGCUCAGCGAGCCAGCAGGUGCUGUGAUCUACUGCAGCAGGUUCAAGAAAGGUGACCCAACGCUGAGCGUGUUGGAGCUGUGGGGCGCCGAGUAUCAGGAGAGCAACGCUCUUCUGCUGCGUCCAUCAGACAAGUCUUUUCUAGAGAGGGUUUGUCAGAGGGAGAAGUGUCCUGUGGACUUUGUGGGACAAAUCACAGGAGAUGGAAAGAUUGUGCUGGUGGACGAUGAGCGGGGCGUGCAGGCAGAGUGUGUGCGCCAUCCUGUCGACCUGCAGCUGGAGUGGGUUCUGGGCAAAAUGCCACAGAAAGAAUUUAAGAUGGAGCGUCGAGCCCUAACCCAUCAGUCACUGUGUCUUCCUGCUGGUCUGACAGUAAAAGACGCCCUGCAGCGUGUUUUACGACUGCCUGCUGUCGCCUCCAAGCGCUACCUCACCAACAAGGUGGACAGGUCGGUGACGGGGCUGGUUGCCCAGCAACAGUGCGUCGGCCCUCUUCACACCCCUCUGGCUGACGUGGCCGUCGUCGCUCUUUCGCCAUUUGGCCUGGAGGGAGCCGCAACCGCACUCGGUGAGCAGCCAAUCAAAGGGCUGCUCUGUCCUGCAGCGGGGGCUCGCAUGGCUGUUGGAGAGGCCCUGACCAAUCUGGUGUUUGCCCGAGUCACAGCGCUGAAGGAUGUGAAAUGUAGUGGGAACUGGAUGUGGGCUGCCAAACUGCCUGGGGAAGGGGUGUGUCUGUGGGAGGCCUGCAAAGCCAUGUGUGAGGUCAUGGGUCAACUUGGAGUAGCCAUCGAUGGGGGCAAGGACUCUCUGAGUAUGGCAGCAAGAGUGGGGACGGAGACCGUCAAGGCUCCAGGUGCUCUGGUGAUCUCUGCGUACGCUGUUUGUCCUGACGUCACUGCCACAGUGACGCCUGACCUGGAGGAUCCAGAUGGCAAAGGUGUGUUGUUGUGGGUCCCUCUAAGUCCGGGCCGUCAUCGUUUGGGAGGUUCUGCCCUGGCUCAGUGCUACAGGCAACUUGGAGACCGCUCUCCUGACCUGGACCAGCCAGGACUAUUGACGGCAUGCUUCAACACCACUCAGAAGCUCGUGCAAAAUCGUGUGCUCAGCGCAGGUCAUGACAUCAGCGAUGGAGGCCUCAUCUCCUGCCUGUUGGAAAUGGCGUUUGCAGGAAAUCGGGGGCUUGACAUCGAGCUCUCGUUAGGAGAAUGUGGAGUCAUGGAGCUGCUCUUCAGUGAGGAGCUAGGUUUGAUCCUGGAGGUUUCACAGUCUCAUGUAGAAACGGUCCGUCAGAGUUACAGCAGUGCAGGCGUGGAGUGCCGUCGUGUUGGAACAACCUGUGGAUUUGGGCCAGAAGCAACGGUCAGAAUUCAAGUGGAUGGGCAGGAGGUGCUGCAUGAAUCACUGCCUGAUCUCAGAGCAGUUUGGGAGGACACUAGUUUUCAGCUCGAGCGCCUCCAGGCCAACGAGCUCUGUGUAAAACAGGAAGAGGCGGGUCUUUCCAAGAGAACACAGCCAUACUUCAAACUCACCUUUGACCCGUCUGAAACACCCAGCAUCCGCCAGCCUUCUGCAGGGCCUCCACGGGUUGCUGUAGUCCGAGAGGAGGGCAGCAACGGAGAUCGAGAGAUGUCUGUCUCUUUGUACAUGGCGGGCUUCGAGGUCUGGGACGUCACCAUGCAGGAUCUCUGCUCUGGCUCUUUAACCCUUGAGCCUUUCAAAGCUGUCGUGUUUGUCGGGGGGUUCAGUUACGCAGACGUCCUGGGAUCAGCUAAAGGCUGGGCUGCAACUGUUGCCUACAACCCCAAGGCUAAGGCUGAGUUUGAUCACUUCCAGCGGAGACAAGACACCGUGAGUCUGGGGGUGUGUAACGGCUGCCAGCUGCUCGUCUUGCUGGGCUGGGUGGGAGAGGCUGAGGAUGGAGCUGACUCUGAAGUCGUACUGACCCAUAAUAAGUCUGGCAGGUUUGAGUCACGGUUUGUCAGCGUUGGGAUUCAGAAGUCUCCGUCCAUUUGGCUCGGAGGCAUGGAGGGCUCUGCACUGGGAGUGUGGGUCGCACAUGGAGAAGGUCAGAUGCAGUUCCGUAGCUCUCAGGCCCAAGACAAGAUCAUUUCCAGUGGACUUGCACCCAUUUGUUACCUCAAUGAUCAGGGUUGUCCCACUGAAGACUAUCCUCUAAACCCUAAUGGCUCACCUCGGGGUGUUGCAGGGUUGACCUCCCAGGACGGCAGACACCUGGCCAUGAUGCCCCAUCCUGAGCGCUGCACCCUGAGCUGGCAGUGGCCCUGGGCUCCGAGGGCCCUCAGGCCUUCCCUCACACCUUCACCCUGGCUGCGCAUGUUCAAGAACGCAGUCGCCUGGUGCAGCAACUCAGAUUAAAAUCCUGCCUUUACAUAAUCCCAGAGUUGUCCAAUGUGCAAGCUUUACCUCAUGCACCUUUUUAAUUGUUGUGAACCUUGAAUUUGGUGUCUGUGUGUUGUUGCUGUGACUUGUUCUUGUUUCUGAGAUGCCUAAAACUUUACGCCCUGCAAACUUUGUUUACAUUUCAUAAUUUCCAAAACCACAGCACACUAGUGAGGAAUGCUCACUCUUAUCAGUUGUGCCUUUGAAACUAUCCAAACCACACUAAUAAAUCCAUUUAAAACCUGCUGUGUGACAUGAUUAAAAAGAAGCAGUGCAGGACAAUAAAUAUAGUUUAUUUUAACCGUAAAAACACACACUCAUACAAUAUCACAC